AUGAAGCUUCAAUGGGCCGGGCUCCUCUUAGGGGCUUCCGUUGGGGUCAAUGGUAUGGGUAAAUACAUGCACGAGGCUAUGAGAGGAGAGCGUGUCUCUGGCUAUGGCAAAUCUGACAACCCCUCCACCCUCCCGCAGUUCAAAGAUGAAUCUCCUCCAUACCAAGGCCACCGAAUUCCCCGUCAGGACUGGACCGUGACCUGCAGCAGCUCCGCUCGCAAAUUCCCAUGCAAAUAUGCGAUUGAUGGCAAGAACACUACUUCCUGGCGCAGCGACCCCUCCGACAAGGGACAUACUUUCAUUGUUGACCUUGGAGCGUGGUAUCAGGUGAGCGCCGUCGUUGUCCUUCCUCCACUGGAUACGGGUUUGGAAGGUCUCAUUACCCAGCACAAGAUCUGGGUUAGCGAGGACCAUGAAACAUGGACGGGGCCUGUCGCAUAUGGAAUGUGGCCGAAUGUAAACAGACAGCGGAUGUCUGCGUUUGAGCCAUCAUCUGCUCGGUACUUGAGAAUCACGACCGAUGCCGAUGAAGAGAAUCCCUGGGUUGGUAUCUCUGAACUCAACAUCUAUGGAACUCUGUACACUAUUCCUCGUGACCCUGCUCUCGGUGUCUGGGGGCCAACUCUGGAUUUCCCUAUUGUGCCCGUCUCCGGUGCUCAGGAGGGAUCUGGCAUGCUUGCUCUUUGGUCUUCAUGGGCUGACGAUCAAUUCCACUCGACCCCGGGAGGCAAGACCGUCAUGACCCGCUGGAACCCAUUGACCGGUGAAGUCUCUAAACGCACUGUCAGUGAAACCCACCAUGACAUGUUCUGCCCUGGCAUCUCUUAUGACGGCACCGGUAUGAUGGUUGUAACUGGUGGCAAUGAUGCCUCGGAGACUAGCCUUUACGAUUCGGCCAAUGAUGAGUGGGUCCGCGCAACCGAAAUGAAACUCCGUCGUGGAUACCAGGCGUCUACAACCCUCUCUGAUGGACGGGUUUUCGUCAUUGGAGGCUCAUGGGCUGGAGCUUCGAACGUGGAUAAGGAUGCCGAAGUCUAUGACCCUGCUACCCGAAACUGGACUAUGCUCCCUGAAGCCAAAGUCAGCGCGAUGUUGACCGAGGAUAUGGAAGGCGCGUGGCGAGCGGACAACCAUGGUUGGCUCUUUGGAUGGAAGGACUUGAGUAUCUUCCAGGCCGGGCCUAGUAAGCAGAUGAACUGGUACUCUGCGCGUGACAACGGAAGUGUCAAGGCGGCAGGACGUCGUAUGAACGAUGAAGAUUCCAUGUCUGGUAACGCAAUCAUGUUCGAUGCCGUGAAGGGUAAAAUCCUCACACUCGGAGGCUCCCCUGAUUAUGAUAAAUCAUGGGCUACUGAUGCCGCCCACGUUAUCACGAUCGGCGAACCAGGCGAGCCGCCGAAGGUUGAGCCGGCCGGAAGAGAAGGCGCCAUGCACCAUGAGCGUGUGUUCCACACCACGGUCGUUCUCCCCGAUGGAAAAGUUGCCAUCUUCGGCGGCCAGAAGUUUGGUGUGGCCUUCAACGAGGAAAACGUUCAAUUUGUCCCCGAACUUUAUGACCCAGAAACCAACUCUUUCCAGAAGUUACAGCAAAACAAUGUUGUGAGAGUGUACCAUACUGUGUCGAUUCUCCUCCCCGAUGCUCGCGUGUUGAAUGCAGGCGGUGGUCUUUGUGGCAACUGCACGGCCAACCACUAUGAUGGCCAGAUAUUCACUCCUCCCUACCUCCUAACCGCUUCAGGUGAGCCCCGGCCCCGACCUGAGAUUCUCUCGGGUCUGCAAGAUAGAGUCUCGGUGGGUAGUACCCUGAGAUUCAAAACUUCUGGGCCCAUUUCGACAGCCUCUCUGAUCCGUCUGGGCACCGCCACCCACACUGUAAAUACUGAUCAACGCCGUAUUCCACUUGAUGUUACUGCUACAACAUUCUUUGGUAACAACUGGAAAGUCACACUUCCGGAAGACUCGGGUAUCCUCAUUCCUGGAUACUGGAUGCUCUUCGUUAUGGAUCGGGAUGGCGUGCCUAGUAUCGCGAAGAUCAUGAUGAUCAGCGUGGACAACAAGCAGACCAUUCAGGCCACGCAGGACUCGCUAAACCUGCUUGAGGAACAGAACUCCAUUGGAUCUUCGUUUAUGAGGAUCGAAUUGUUGAAGAGAAAGUGGACUUGA